UAUGAGAGAUUUUUUUGUAGGAGGCGACGGGGAGGUUACCUGUCAGAACAGCGAACAUCACAAGCCCCGGUACAUUUCUUUCUUCCGUGCCGGCGACGGCAGAGAGAGGAAGCAGACAUGAAAGUGGAAUUGCAUGCACCAACCUCACCGGCAGCGCCACCGCCGUUGUCGCCUUCGUCAUCCGAGACAGAGGAUAAGGAAGCGGACGAGUCCGUCGCCCUCCUUCCACUUGGGCGCCACGACCGGCCCUUGCCACCGGAAGCAAGCGCAAGCAUCGAGAUCAGGGAUGAGGAUGAGGCUGACUCUCCAUCGCUUGCUUGCUGCCGUAUCUGCCUCGAGUCGGAUUCCGAUCCUGGUGAUGAGCUAAUAUCUCCAUGCAUGUGCAAAGGAACCCAACAGUUUGUUCAUCGAUCAUGCUUGGACCAUUGGCGUUCAGUGAAGGAAGGAUUUGCUUUUUCACAUUGUACUACAUGCAAGGCACAAUUUCAUCUACGAGUGGAAUUAUUAGAAGACUACUCAUGGCGGAAAUUAAAGUUCAGAAUUUUUGUGGCUCGUGAUGUGAUCCUUGUAUUUUUAGCAGUACAAACUGUUAUUGCUAUUUUAGGCGGAUUUGCAUACCUAAUGGAUACAAAUGGGGAUAUCAGAAACUCUUUCAGUGAUGGUUGGGAUCGAAUAUUAUCUAAACAUCCAAUUCCAUUUUAUUACUGUUUUGGGGUGUUUCUUUUCUUUGUGUUAGUGGGUGUGGUAGGGCUGAUUGUGCAUUGCUCUUCUAUCAGCAAUCAUAAUCCUUGUGUGGCUGGUUGUCGCAACUGCUGCUAUGGUUGGGGUAUUCUCGACUGUUUCCCAGCUUCCGUAGAAGCUUGUGGUAUUCUUCUUGUCGUCAUGGUCAUCAUGUUUGCUAUACUUGGGAUUGCAUAUGGCCUUCUUGCUGCUACAUUGGCGAUCCAAAGAACCUGGCAAAGGCACUAUCACAUCCUUACAAAAAGGGAGCUCACAAAGGAAUAUGUCGUUGAAGAUCUCCAUGGGUCAUAUUCACCACCGGAGAUGGACCCCGAGCAUGAGCAACAUCUCAAGUCACUAAAGCUUCUUUAGUAACUGACGCUUCUUUUAUGUGGAAAUUGCUCUGCUUUGUUGUUAAUAUUUGUAUGAAAGUCUGCUAGAAUAUGGAGGUUAUAAUCUUAUACUCUGCACGCUAUGGCAUUAAUGAUGCAGAAGAAUGGUUUCAGUUUAUAAAAUGAAAUUUUAUGAAAA